AUGAUUACGUGUCUGCGCUAUGUCUGCAUGAAGACCCAUAUUACGUGUCUGCGCUAUGUGUGCGUGAAGACCCAUAUUACGUGUCUGAGCUAUGUCUGCGUGAAGACCCAUAUUACGUGUCUGAGCUAUGUCUGCGUGAAGACCCAUAUUACGUGUCUGCGCUAUGUCUGUGUGAAGACCCAUAUUACGUGUCUGAGCUAUGUCUGCGUGAAGACCCAUAUUACGUGUCUGAGCUAUGUCUGCGUGAAGACCCAUGUUACGUGUCUGAGCUAUGUCUGCGUGAAGACCCAUAUUGCGUGUCUGAGCUAUGUCUGCGUGAAGACCCAUAUUACGUGUCUGAGCUAUGUCUGCGUGAAGACCCAUAUUACGUGUCUGAGCUAUGUCUGCGUGAAGACCCAUAUUACGUGUCUGCGCUAUGUCUGCGUGAAGACCCAUAUUACGUGUCUGAGCUAUGUCUGCGUGAAUACCCAUAUUACGUGUCUGAGCUAUGUCUGCGUGAAGACCCAUAUUACGUGUCUGAGCUAUGUCUGCGUGAAGACCCAUAUUACGUGUCUGCGCUAUGUCUGCGUGAAGACCCAUAUUACGUGUGCACACUGGGUUGUCUGA